UGCUGCCACAAUACUGCGCACACGUGACCUCGCUGUUUUCACCCAGUUUAACGCGUGUACUUAAAAAGACGGGCACCACCGUUCGCCAACACAAGCACGACCAUCCCAUCAGCACUCAUGCCCGCGAGGUGAGACCGCUGCUGAGGGUGGGACUCGGACACCUGGAAGUGGACCAUGGCGGCUGCCACGAGCAGCAACACAUCCACGCUUCAGAUAAAGCACUCCAGUCUCGAGCAUACGCGGAAACGCAUCGACCCGAGGAGGAGGCAAGCGGCGCUGUCCUUUCUCAGCAACAUUUCUCUGGAUGGACGGCCCGUGCAGGACGAUGCGGGUAGUCAGAGCGAAGGGGAAACCCCGCUGGAAGCUCGGACUAGACAGAGCCUGGUUUCUACGGAGCCCUCGGCGUACGGAGCCGCUGCUGCUGCGGCGGCCGCGGCGGCUGCAGCGGCGGCGGCCACCACCACAGCCACCCAGGCGCUCGCUUUAGCAAACCAGGCUCUCCACGCCAGCAGCAGGGCCAGUUUUGGGACGGGUCCCACUGCUCCCCCCGUCGGUACAGACGCGGAGGGCGACGCUUUUGUGCCCUCGACGUUCAGCUCGCCUUUCUCCGCGGUCCCAGCCUCGACUAGAGGGAGGCUGCAGACGUACACUCAGGGAAUCCUACCUGCGACCUACUCCAGGCAAGUCUCCCAGAACUACUGCCCGGAGGGCGGACAGAUAGAGCAGCAGAGGUCAAGACGAAGGCUCAUCUCUCAGCGCUCGUCGCUUGAAACUCUAGAGGACAUUGAAGAAAAUGCUCCUCUGCGCAGAUGCCGAACCCUAUCAGGUUCACCCCGACCAAAGAGCUUCAAGAAGGUCCACUUCGUAAAGAACAUGAGGCAGCACGAUAUGCGCAAUGGAAGGAUAGUCCUUAUCAGUGGCAGAAGAUCCUUCUAUAGUGUAUUUUCUGUCCUGCCCUAUCGAGAUUGUAGCCAAGCGGGGGAUGCAAAGCUGGAAGGAGGGCGUCAGCGGCAUCCUUCAGGAGGCGCCAGGGAGAUGGUGAUUGGGCUGGAGGGAGUGGAGUUGGGAGCAGAUGGAAAGACUGUGUCGUACACCCAGUUCCUGUAUCCCACUUAUGUGCUGGGUGGCCGAAGAAACACAAUCGACUCCACCUCGUCCUUCUCUCAGUCUCGCAAUGCAAGCCACCGCAGCCUCAGCUUGGCCCGAGCAAACAGCAACCAGAGCAGCUUAGACACAGAAAUGGCAGGGAAUGAUUUCGGGGACUUUCGCGAGUACGACCCUAAUCUGCUGGAUGACCCACAGUGGCCUUGUGGUAAACACAAGAGAGUCCUCAUCUUCCCCUCCUACAUGACUACGGUCAUCGAAUACGUGAAACCCUCUGACCUCAAAAAGGACAUGAACGAAACCUUCAAGGAAAAAUUCCCACACAUAAAGCUGACACUCAGCAAAAUAAGGAGCUUGAAAAGGGAGAUAAGAAAACUGGCUCAGGAUGAGUGUGGCUUUGAGGAACCGACGGUGGCCAUGGCUUUCGUCUACUUUGAAAAACUCGUUCUCCAAGGCAAACUAAACAAGCAGAACCGUAAACUCUGCGCUGGAGCUUGUGUCCUGCUGGCAGCCAAGAUCGGGGGUGAUCUGAAGAAACAGGAGGUCAAACUUCUUAUAGAUAAACUGGAGGAAAGGUUCAGAGUGAACCGCAGAGAGCUGAUAGCCUUCGAGUUCCCCGUGUUGGUGGCGCUGGAGUUUAAUCUGCACCUGCCAGAGCACGAGAUCAUGCCUCACUACAGACGCCUCCUGCAGACCUCCUAGCAUUAGUGAUCCAUCAGGAGGACGACCGCCAGGUUCUCCUUCUGAUCUCCCAGCUUUCCACAUUUACCACAGUAUCCAUCCUCUGUCUUCUCUCCUCGUCUCUGUUUGAUCACUUCAAGGUACCUCUGGCUGUUGGCGAGCCAUAGCCACUGAUCACUACAGACAGCCCGCUCCUUCCCCUCGUUGGACCGACAUCAGCCAAAGGGACACGUGUUUUUAAACACUGUUUGACUUCUGCAUUCGGCAUCACUACAUGGACUGAAAGAAAAGGGUUCAACCGUCUGGAAGCAAGCUGGUUUUUCUAGUUUGCAUCUCUCACAUCGCAUCCUUCAUCAUUUUGUAUUCUUAGUCCUCAUGUUGACACGAGGCUCUUUUUAAAAAAACAACUGAAUCUGAUAGUGAUCUUUGUCAGUUAAAACAAUCCGUGAUUGUAACAAUUUGAUCCUUUCUUUAAUCUUUUUUGUAAACUUUUUAUGAUUGGUUGCCUCAUGAGCUGCAUACAAUUUAAACAGAAGCCUUUUAAGAGGCUGGUUUUGUGGCUGGACUGUUAUUCCUCAGCGUGAAUCAUGUUUUCAUUAAAAGUGCACUUUUUUUGAAGAAGACACUGGGGCAGGGUGACGGUUUUUCAGACUUUUAACAAGCUUGAGAACUAACCCUGAAGUAGCCCCUGCUGAAAAGUAUGCGGUCUUCGUAAGCACCGUACAGAAGACAUUGGAACGGACCGUUCAGUUUUUAUUUUCUCUCUCUCUUAUGGUUUAUUCACAGUUUUCCAACCACAGUCUGCAUGAAAAGUAGUGAUUCUUUGUACGCCGGUACCUGCCGAGAAGUUUUGACUUCCUGUUUUUCACUGAAGUGUUCCAUUCAUUUUUCUACCACAGUCUUUUAUCAGAGUUGAAUUUUCUGUGCUCUAUGUUAGAGUGUAUCGCUAGCACGUUUACAGUGCUUUAACAGAUGCUUGUUCUGAGGACACGCUAUUGACCAGUGAUCAGUAUCAGCAGGAUGCUCAGGUGCCGAGAGGACAUGCCAGUAACUAGAAGUGUGUUUGAGCCCUUACAGGCUGCAGAGAUGCAUCUCUUUAGCUGACCCUGACCUCUGACCUUUCUCUGAUCUCUGCAGAGGGGAAAAAUCCAGGCAAAAUCUCACGUGGGAUCUAGUCAUAGGUCAAACAUUUACGUAUACCUUGAAUCAUCAUUUGAUUUGAAAUCCACAAUGUUUUUUAUUAAAAAACAAAAAGUACUGAACAUCUCGACCGGCGCGACCACUUAAAGGUGAUUCAUUCCAUUUUUCUGGCAUGUCACUUUCACAACUUGAUCUUUUGCUUCCUACCUUGCACUUGUCUCGCACACUACCAGUGUUCCACUGAAUCAGAAGCUGAGGCGACAGAGAAAGAUGGUUUUUGAUGCUACUCAGAGCAUUAUGAGCUGAAAUGAUCACGAGACGAAACCAAACCGCUUUUGAUUGUCUUGAUUCAAAGUUGGGUAAAAAUGCUGAGCUUAUGUUUGUUUGCAAGCCCAAAGACGUUGUUGUAAGAUGCACACUAAAUGGGGGGGGGUGUGUGUGUGUGUGUGUGUGUGUGUGUGUGUGCGCGCGCGCGCGAAUAAAUUGCUUUGCUUGUUCAAUUGAAACAGAAAAA